CAUUGCGACUUUUCUUACACACACACAUACACAAUUGCAUCAAAAAAAUCUAAACUCGCUAAUUUUCUUCAUUUUUUCCAUCAAUGGCGGCGGUGGUCUCAUCUUCCGUUUCAGCCAGCGCUCUCUCGCUGUUUCAGCCCAGGAAAUUAAUCCCCAAAAAUUGCUCCAUCUCAAUGUCCGCGUCUUCUUCCUCAGCAGAGGUUUCUCAUGGUGAAUCUAAAUCAACUCAAAAAUUUGGAGUUUCGGAGAAAGGGAAACCGCCGGAAUUACCCUACAGUUAUUCACUUGUAAAUCCGAAUGGAAGCUCGGUCGUGCAAUUUGUACAAUCUACCGAGUCCAAUAUUGAGAGGGUCAUAUUUGAUUUCCGGUUUUUGGCACUACUAGCAGUUGGUGGUUCAUUGGCUGGCUCUGUGCUGUGCUUUCUCAAUGGAUGCGUCUACAUUUUUGACGCGUACAAAGUAUACUGGACAAGCUGUGUUAAAGGGGUCCAUUCUGGCCAAAUGGUUCUACGGCUUGUUGAAGCCAUCGAUGUAUAUCUUGCUGGGACUGUCAUGUUGAUAUUCGGGAUGGGGUUGUACGGACUCUUCAUUUCAAAUGUACCCCCAAAUGUCACCCCAGCUUCUGACCGCGCACUCAAGGGGUCGUCCUUGUUUGGCAUGUUUGCUUUGAAGGAGAGGCCAAAGUGGAUGAAGAUAAGCUCGCUGAAUGAGCUGAAGACGAAAGUAGGGCAUGUGAUAGUCAUGAUCCUUCUGGUGAAGAUGUUUGAAAGGAGUAAGAUGGUAACAAUAACAACCGGUUUCGACUUACUAACCUACUCUGUUUGUAUAUUCUUGUCUUCGGCAUCCUUGUACAUCCUUCACAAUCUACAUAAAUCGGAAAACGAGUAGCACACUCACAGCCUUCACUUGUAUUGCACCUCAAACAUAGGGAAUAUAUGUGUGUAUAUAUGAAUAGUCUGUCUAUGUUCAAAUGCUCUCUAUUUCGAGCAGCUUUAAGCUCUUGAUGUAAGCCAUAAUUUCUACUUUAAUGAUUUUUAUUAUGAAAAUCAAGUUUUAGUAUAA